AUGGUUAAAUACGCACUUGCUCUUUCACUGGUCGCUGGAGCUGUUGCCGCUCUGCCGGCAGCUCCUGGAGUGAACAGCCAGGCUCCUCCUAGCCUACCCAACGCUAACCCAGCGGCUAUAAUGUCUGUCCCACAAAGCAAUGUUAAGAGCUACCAGACCGGUGGUCUUGUUCGUUACAACGUCACUGAAAGUUCCGGGCUCUCCAAGCGUUGGGGCUGCAGCGCCUCGCCUACUCUUACCUGGGGUGAUGCCGAUAAUGGCGGUCCAGGUAUCACUAUCGACAACGAUUCCAAUGACUGGCGUGGUUUCUACUUCUACCACAACAGCUGUGACAGCAUUCCCUGGAAGUACAUUUGGAUUGCUGGUAAAACCACCCAGUUCGUCUCCGUUCCUACAGGCUGGGCGGGUCGUGUCCAGCGAGGCGUCGAUGCUAGCAUGCUCAAUGGUCAGCCACAGUUGCUCGGUUCUUGGUUAGAGAUUAGCUGGGACGCCGCCAAUGGUAAUACCGGCUGGGCUGACGUCUCGCUCAUUCGGGGUAAUGAUGGUGGUAUUCUUGUCUGGAAUGCCAAUGGUGACUGGAAGGGAUUCACACAGUGGGUUCUGGAUGGCGCACCUGAAGGUGCCUAUGACAUGAAGAACGACGGACAAUGGGUUAUCAAGUACACCGAGAACAAUGACGGCUCGAUCAACACCAUUCCCCGCGAUUGGGACAUCCAAAAAAUUGGCUCCCAGUACGUCUACGUCGACGAUGCCCAUGGCAGCCCUGUCAUUUCAACCCCCAACCAGCGCUUCUCCACCUUCUGGCCCGACGGCCGCGCUUAA